AUGCAUAUCAAGUCGAUUCCCAUGUUCCUCAAGGAUGCCAUCCAGAGGGGAGAGAUCAACUUGAAGGCCAUUGUCAACACGCACCACCACUGGGACCACGCCGGCGGCAACAACCAGAUGAGGAAAGAUCUGGGCCUUCCCAAGCUCAGGAUCAUCGGCGGAAAGGACUGCCAGUCCGUCGACGAGGUCCCCUCCCACGGGGAGACGUUCAAGCUGGGCGACGUGUCCGUCAGGAGCAUCCACACGCCCUGCCACACCCAGGAUAGCAUCUGCUACUUCAUGCAGGAUGGGGACGACAAGGCUGUCUUUACGGGUGAUACGCUGUUCAUCGGCGGAUGCGGUAGGUUCUUUGAAGGAACGGCUGAGGAGAUGCACGAGGCUCUCAACACCCGUCUUGCCGCUCUGCCGGAUGACACAGUGGUCUAUCCCGGUCACGAAUAUACAAAGGCCAACGUCAAGUUCUGCCUCUCAGUCUUGCAGAGCGAGCCGAUCAAGAGGCUCGAGGCCUUUGCCGCCACUAAUGAGGUGACGACGGGGAAGUUUACCAUUGGAGAUGAAAAGGCCCACAACGUAUUCAUGAGAGUCGAGGACCCUACCAUUCUCAAGGCGACGGGAGAAAAGGAACCAGGGAGUGUCAUGGCUAAGCUGCGCGAGAUGAAGAACAACUUCAAAUCCGCGCCAUCCACGACGGGUGGUGCACCCGGCUCGUCCAGGCCGCCCCCGCGUUCCAAGCUAGCAAGGGAGCACAACGUUUCUUCCCAGGAAGAAGGCGAGAUCAAGGAGGCCUUUGGCCUGUUUGCCGAGCCCAUGGACGGCGAGAAGAACGGUGUCUUGCCAAUCGACGACUUCAAAUCGGCCCUGAUUGCCCUUGGCAUCCCGGCCUCUAGCAACGCCGAACUCAACGAAUUCAUAUCGAUCCUAGACCCCGACUCGGACGGAUACGCCACUUACGAGCCCUUCUUCGCCAUCUGCGCCCUCAAAUUCCACAACCGCGCCUCGGCCGACGAUGAGGAGGCUCACCGCGCAGAGGUAGAGGAGGCCUUCCGGCUGUUCACCAACGGGCAGGUCGGCAACGGUGGCGGCGGCGGCGGCGGCGGCGGCGGCGGGCAUGGUCAGACCCGUGGUGAUAAUCGCAUAACUCUCGCCCAUCUGAGGCGUGUGGCUGCCGUGCUCAAGGAGGAUGUGGAUGAUGAGAUUCUCAAGGACAUGAUUCUCGAGGCGAAUGGUGGGGCUGGCGUGUCGCGAGGAGUCGAGAUGGAUGAGUUUGAUGGCGUUAUGAAGAGUGCGGGUGUUUGGAGGUGA